CCGUCUGCAAUACACACAUUUUCUUUGACUCUGCCGGCGUUCGUUUUUCAGGGUCUGCAGGGGAAUCGGUCCAGGGUCUAAGAUGUCCUUCCAUUCCGGGCGAGGGUGCCCCCGCAGCCGAGGAGGAACUGCUGUCAGAGCCUCAACGCAGACUUUUCGGCCCCAGAACCUGAGACAGCUGCACCCCCAGCAGCCGUCCAUGCAAUAUCAGUAUGACCAGCAAACGGCGACCCCUCCUACCUAUGCCAGCCCUCCAGCUACUAGUUAUGUGCCUCCAAGGCCAGAUUUUGUCCCUUAUCCCCCACCAAUUCCCCCAUCGCCACAGAACACCAUCACCCAGUGUCCUCUGAGGCCACCCUUUGCAGGUCACCAGGUGAGGCCAACCUUUCCUCUCCCACCUUGCUUCCCUCCAGCUCCACCCCCUGUCCCAAAUCCUGGGACCCCCCCUGUUCCUGCAAAUGCAUCGGGGCAAAGCACAUUUCCAUAUAUGAUGCCUCCCCCAUCCAUGCCGCACCCUGUGCCGCCACCAGUAAUGCCUCAGCAGGUCAAUUAUCAGCCAGUGUACUCUCCAGCCUAUUCCCAGCAGGCAUUUCCUCCUCCUAAUUUCAAUAGCUACCCACACAAUGUCAAUUCUUACCAGAGCAGCAGUGGCAGCCCCAGCAGCUGUAAUAACAGCAGUGGCAAUUUUCGGCAUCCGAGUCAAUAUCAGGUAGAAAAAACCCAGCCGGAAAGGAGGUCUCCGGAGAGGAGCAAGCACUACGAUCCGCAUCGGCACCGGGAGCACUGUCAUGGGCAUGGGGAUCGGCACCAGUCUGCCAGUCACGCCGAGCGGCGGGAUCGAGGGAGGAGCCCCGACAGGCGGCGGCAGGAGAGUAGCCGGCACCGGUCAGAUUACAUCAGAGGACGGACGCCGCCCCGCCACAGAAGUUACGAGUGGUACAGGGAUCGACAGAGGGACCGACACAGGCACCGUGAUAGUCGCCGUUCACCAUCUGCAGAGAGGACCUAUAGAAAAGAUCACAAGAGAACAGGAAGCCGUUCACCCAGCCAAGACCGCAAGAGACCUCGCUGGGAGGAGGACAGAGAGCGGUGGUCAGAAAAUGCCUGUAGAGAGAAGAGCUACACCUCCAUCAAGGACAAGGAGCCAGAAGAGGCAGCUGUGGAAAAGAAUGAAGAUGAGGAGGAGGAGCUGCUGAAGCCUGUCUGGGUGCGCUGCACCCAUUCCGAAAGCUACUAUUCAAGCGAUCCCAUGGAUCAAGUGGGAGAUUCCACUGUUGUUGGAACAAGCAGACUCCGAGAUCUAUAUGAAAAAUUUGAAGAAGAGUUGGGAAAGCGACAGGCUAAGGCCAAAGCUGCCAGGCCACCAUGGGAACCUCCCAAGACCAAACUGGAUGAAGAUGUAGGGAGCUCCAGCGACUCUGAGUGCGACUCGGAUGAUGACAGCUGCUCCAGCAGUUCAGACUCGGAGGUCUUUGACGUCAUUGCGGAAAUCAAGCGCAAGAAGGCUCACCCAGAUCGUCUGCACGAGGAGUUGUGGUACAAUGACCCUGGGCAGAUGAAUGAUGGUCCUCUAUGCAAGUGCAGUGCUAAAGCCAGGCGGACAGGAAUAAGACAUGGGAUCUAUCCCGGGGAAGAGCCUAUUAAACCUUGUCGACCGAUGACCAACAAUGCUGGAAGAUUAUACCACUACCGUAUUACAGUGUCGCCUCCUACAAACUUCUUAACAGACAGACCAACUGUAAUAGAGUACGACGACCAUGAAUACAUCUUCGAAGGGUUUUCCAUGUUUGCCCAUGCGCCACUCACCAAUAUUCCUCUGUGUAAAGUAAUCAGAUUUAACAUCGAUUAUACAAUUCAUUUCAUUGAGGAGAUGAUGCCCGAAAAUUUUUGUGUGAGAGGGCUGGAGUUGUUCUCCUCCUAUCUGUUCAAAGACAUACUAGAACUCUACGAUUGGAACCUCAUAGGUCCUUCCUCAGAAAACAGUGAUGCAUCCUGUCCCCGAUUUCAUUUCAUGCCACGUUUCGUAAGGUUCCUUCCAGAUGGAGGGAAGGAGGUGCUGUCUAUGCAUCAGAUCCUGCUGUAUUUGUUGCGAUGCAAUAAGCCGUUGGUGCCAGAAGAAGAGAUUGCCAACAUGCUGCAGUGGGAGGAACUUGAGUGGCAGAAGUAUGCAGAAGAAUGCAAAGGGAUGAUUGUUACCAGCCCUGGCAUGAAGCCCAGCUCAGUCCGUAUUGAUCAACUGGAUCGCGAGCAGUUCAAUCCGGAUGUGAUUACAUUCCCCAUUAUUGUCCACUUUGGAAUUCGACCCGCUCAGCUCAGUUAUGCUGGAGACCCACAGUACCAAAAGCUCUGGAAGAGUUAUGUCAAAUUGCGCCACCUGCUGGCUAACAGUCCCAAAGUGAAACAAGCAGAUAAACAGAAACUCGUGCAGAGAGAAGAAGCCCUGCAGAAGAUCAGGCAGAAAAAUACCAUGAGACGGGAAGUGACCGUUGAGCUGAGCAGUCAAGGUUUUUGGAAAACUGGCAUUCGUUCCGAUGUCUGUCAGCACGCCAUGAUGCUUCCUGUCCUGACCCACCACAUCCGCUACCACCAGUGCCUGAUGCAUUUGGAUAAACUGAUCGGCUACACUUUUAAAGACCGGUGUUUGUUGCAGCUUGCCAUGACUCAUCCAAGCCAUCACUUAAACUUUGGGAUGAAUCCAGACCAUGCAAGGAAUUCCUUGUCAAAUUGUGGAAUCCGGCAGCCCAAAUACGGAGAUCGGAAGGUCCAUCAUAUGCACAUGAGGAAAAAAGGCAUAAACACUCUGAUCAAUAUUAUGUCACGCCUUGGGCAAGAUGAUCCUGCUCCUUCCAGAAUUAACCAUAAUGAACGCCUGGAAUUUUUGGGAGAUGCUGUGGUUGAAUUUUUAACUAGUGUUCAUUUGUACUACCUAUUUCCCAGCUUAGAGGAAGGCGGGCUAGCAACCUACCGCACUGCCAUCGUUCAGAACCAGCAUCUUGCCAUGCUGGCCAAGAAGCUGGAACUGGAUCGAUUUAUGCUUUAUGCUCAUGGGCCUGAUCUGUGCCGUGAAUCAGAUUUGCGCCAUGCAAUGGCCAACUGCUUUGAAGCGCUAAUAGGGGCAGUUUACCUGGAGGGAAGUCUUGAAGAAGCCAAACAACUGUUUGGACGCCUGCUCUUUAAUGACAAGGACCUGCGGGAAGUAUGGCUUCAUUAUCCACUACACCCUCUCCAACUGCAAGAAUCCCAUACUGACCGACAGCUGAUUGAGACGUCUCCUGUCCUUCAGAAACUGACUGAGUUUGAAGAUGCCAUUGGAGUCAUUUUUACUCAUGUUCGACUUCUGGCCCGGGCCUUUACUUUGAGGACAGUGGGAUUUAACCAUCUGACUCUGGGCCACAAUCAGAGGAUGGAGUUCUUGGGCGAUUCUAUAAUGCAGCUGGUGGCCACAGAGUAUUUAUUCAUACAUUUCCCAGAUCACCAUGAAGGCCACCUGACGUUGUUACGGAGCUCCCUGGUCAACAACAGGACACAGGCCAAAGUGGCAGAAGAACUGGGCAUGCAGGAGUUCGCCAUCACAAAUGACAAGACCAAGCGGCCAGUAGCUUUGCGGACAAAGACACUAGCAGAUCUUUUGGAAUCUUUUAUUGCUGCUCUGUAUAUAGAUAAGGAUCUGGAAUAUGUCCACACCUUCAUGAACGUCUGCUUUUUUCCACGACUGAAGGAAUUCAUUUUAAACCAGGACUGGAACGAUCCAAAAUCUCAGCUCCAGCAAUGCUGUUUAACUCUCCGAACGGAAGGGAAGGAGCCUGACAUUCCUCUGUAUAAGACUCUGCAAACCGUCGGACCUUCUCAUGCCAGAACGUACACUGUAGCUGUUUAUUUCAAAGGUGAAAGAAUAGGAUGCGGCAAAGGACCAAGCAUUCAGCAAGCGGAGAUGUGUGCAGCAAUGGAUGCACUGGAAAAAUAUAACUUUCCUCAGAUGGCCCAUCAGAAACGGUUCAUUGAACGGAAGUACAGACAAGAGCUUAAAGAAAUGAGGUGGGAAAGAGAGCAUCAGGAGAGAGAACUGGAGGAGACGGAAGACAUAAGGAAAUAAGUGGAGUCUAUGAAAGCAAUGGUGUACAAUUAAUAACUUUGAUCAUAGCCCAUGGAGACCUAGCCUAGUUUCAAGUAAACGAACGGAUGGAAGAAUGAAUUCUGCUCAUUUGGAUCGUGUUCUAUUUUAACUGUUGUUUUUUUAAGGAUAUGUCUUUUUCCAUUUUUAGCUACAAAGUUUUAUUCAUAAGGCUUGAAAAAUAAUUUAUUUUACUAUUCUUCUUGAAGAAUUGUCCUUUUCUUUCCUAGCUUGCAUUUGUGGAACAAUAAAGUGUUUUAUUUCAGAAUAUGUAACAUUCUAAAAAUAGAAAAACUUCCUGUUAAUUGUAUUGUUUAACAGAGGAAAUAAUAAGGCUUACAUGAAAUCCCGCUUUUUCCCCCCUCUGCUGCCUACUUGUGUAAUAAUAGAGUUAGGAAGAGUUGAGUCAAUCUGUGCUUUGGUUGGAGGGGGAUAAAGGGAAUUGUCUCAAAAAUUUUACCUCAGUUGAUGUAUGACAAAGUGCUACGUAGUACCUGAUAUUGUAUGAUAGUACAAUAGAUGAGGAAAAAUGUGGGUAAAAAUUGCAACAGAUAAACUAAAAUAACAAAAUCCAUAGCAAAAUCUUAAAAGGGACAGCCCAGUUUUAAUCCACUUGAUACACACUUUGCAAUCCAUGCCUGACAUUUUCUGCAGGAAGGUUCUGCAUCUUAUAUUUGUGUAUUGUGCAUUUCCUCCAGUUAUUUUGAGCCUUCUUGCUAACAAAUUAGAGGAAAACGAUGAAAUUUAUAGUGCCAGACUUUUUAACUGGUUUGGUGGCAAAAAUAUUUAAAAAAAUAUAUAUAGAUUUUUAAAUGCAACCUGGGAUGGAAAAUGGCAGGUAACUCUGGGCACAAGUCCACUGGGGUUAUUGGCUGCAUAAAUCCAUUGAAAGAAAGUAAUUUGCAAAGGAUGAACCGAAACAGUUCAACAGCCCUUCUUGCCCAGUUGCCUUUAUGCCUAGUUAGUAUUUUAACAAAUGACAGCCUGUGUGGUUCCAUACAUGUGAACUAAUCAAUUAGCUGCAUUCUUAUAUUUAGCCAGCCCGGCAGCUUGCUACUUUGUGAGGCAAGCAGCACAGAGAAAGCAAUCUAAUGGCUCCUUGACAAUAUCCGAGGAAUCACAAGAUAGUUCAUAUUCCAAGAUCUAAGGUAGGAGAUACUGCUCCAACCUUGAGCUGGGAAUCAGAGCUCUCAGCUGAUACAGAAGGGCCACCGGCUGCACUCCAAGAUCAGGAAAGCAUUCUCAGAGAAGGAGCAUUGAAGAUGUUCCAGCAAUCUGGAGAGGUUGAGGUAUGAAUUACUGUGAAGCCUCGGACAGGACCCCGAGGGUAUGGAAUGGGCUUCCAUUGGAGGUGGUUGAGGCCCCAUUGGUGAGGGUGUUCAAAGAUAGGCUAGACAUGCACAUGGUGGGCAUGUCAUGAGCGGAGCUGGCUGAAGCCAGGGGUCAGACUAGAUGGCCCAGGAGACACCUUCUGACUUGCUCUGUUUCUAUGAUUCCAUCUGCCCAGAUAACAGGUAAAAAAACCUAUUUAGCAAAAUAGGACAGGUGGAGUUUGCAUCGUCUGUUCAUCCUACUCUGCGAAGGAUGAUUGUGACUCUGAGUAUAAGGGCUUAUGGACAUCGUAACAGGGUUUUGCCCUGAAAAUAUUAUAUAAUCUGUUAGGCACUGCUGCCCUAACUUUCACCCUUUUUUAUUUAUAAGGAGGAGUUUUCUUGGGGAAGCUCCCUGUGAUCCCUAACCGUUGCAUGAAAUGAUAUUUGCUAGGGACAUACUUUGUUUUAUUUAUUCCUCAGGUUUCCAUAUUCUUCAGUAUAAAAUUAUGAAGGUUGUUUAUAAAAAGUACAAUUGGGAUAUAAAAGAAUAAAACAGUAGCCAAUACUAUUAGAGCAAUAGAAUAAAAGCAACAAUAAAUAUGACAGAUUGGCAGAACUGAAUUUAAAUUUGUAGGGAUGGUUGUGAUUACUCUGCAAAUUAAGCCUGCUGUGUUUCAGUGAAAUAUGUCCGGGGAUGUUUGUACAAGAAUAGCCUUUAUAUUUUGAGAGUAUCUAAAAAGGAUCCUCUUGCCCCCAUGUUUGAGGAAGAUCUUUCUUGUGGAAAUGACAAAUAGAAAAUAAAUCAAGUGCAAGUUCAUUUGUUUUAAUAGCCCAUAGGCCAUACAUACACCAUAAUUUAAGAAUUUAAAAUCACAUUAUUACAAAAAUUUGCCACAUCUAAAAUACAGUUUUUACAAAAACUGCUCAGAAAGUUUGAGCCUUGCAACAUUAGGAAGGGUUGAAUAUUUCAACAGGUAUUUCUU